AUGGCCGCCCGCCCGCAGCUCUUCACUCGCAAUCUCUCGGGCGUCUCCGCGACCCCAGAGACCAACUCGCCCGCCGAGCAACGCGACGAGGCUAAGCGCAACUUUCUCAAGGCGAUGCGGACGCUGCCUACCCAGCACUACUGGGACGUCUACUUUGAUCGAAGCCAGUCCAGUGACCAGACCGCCGCCGCCGCGAAUGGCGAGUACAAAGUCCAGCUCGAGCGGCUCGGCACGCAGAUUGAGUCGGUCCAGGACUUUUGGCGCUAUAACAACAACACCCCCGUCGCGCAGAUCAAGAUGCGCGAGUCGAUAUACCUCUUCAAGUCGGGCUUCCGCCCCGUCUGGGAGGACCGCCGCAACAUCAACGGCGGCAGCUGGACCUUUCGCGUGCCCCGCGCUCAGGGGCCCGAGUUUUGGACAAAGGUGCAGCUGCUGGCUAUUGGCGAAAAGCUGCAAGAGGCGUUGGGAGAGAGGAAAAAAGACAGCGACGAUACAAUCUGCGGCGUUGGUCUUUCGGUUCGCUUCAAGUACCACCUCGUCACCGUGUGGAAUCGCGACGCAAGCAAAAAGCAAUCCAUCGACGGUAUCUUUGACUGCGUCUUCCGCGAGCUGCCCGAGGACCUGCAGGCCCGCUCUGAAAACUACUUCUACAAAAAGCACUCCGAUCACGAGGGCUUCAAGGUGCCGCCGGAGUUGCAGGGCUUGGUGGACGCGCACAACCGCGGCUCCCCGGGCGCCGCCGGCUCCCCCGUGACGGUCACGCGUGGGGGUGCGCCGCUGGUGUCUGUGCAGUCGCCGCAAUAG